AUGGAUUCAAAUCCCGUACGAGUCGUUGAGUUCUACUCUGGCAUUGGCGGGAUGCACUAUGCACUGAAACGUUCGGGAUUCUCAUUCAAAGUCAUUGCCGCAAUUGACAUCAAUACAACGGCCAAUCAAAUUUAUGCACACAAUUUCCCCGAAACUCAACUCCUUCAAAAUAACAUUGAAGCAAUAUCUGUGCAACAGUUGGACAAGUUUGAGGCUGAUUUGUGGACGAUGAGCCCUCCAUGUCAACCGUUUACACAAAAAGGGCGACAAUUAGGAGCAGAGGAUCGUCGAUGUGACUCAUUGAAGGAAUUACUGCGAAAGAUUGCUUUAAUGAACAAACCACCAAGACAUGUUUUUGUCGAAAACGUGGUCGGCUUUGAAACUUCAACUGUACAUGCGGAUCUCUUGGAGUGUCUACGGGGAAUGGGAUAUGGGGUAAAGGAAUAUAUCCUCUCCCCAAUGCAAUUUGGAAUCCCGAAUACUCGCCCAAGAUAUUACUGCUUGACCUCAUUGCAAUCUUCAAGCUCGCAUUCCACAUCGACAAUUUUGAAAACUCACAAAAGUUGUGUUGAGGAAAUUGCUGGCAUUGAAGAUUUUAUUGAGAAAGGAGUCGAUAACUCAUCUUUGAUUUUGGAUUAUCAAGAACUGAAUAGAUUUGCCUCUUCUAUCGAUGCUGUGAGUUCAAACUCAAGACGAUCUGCCUGUUUCACCAAAUCAUAUGGUGUUUAUAAGACGGGAUGUGGUUCGUAUUUUACGAGUGAUGAAAAUAUGAUUGAAGAAAAUCGAAUCUUGUCAAGUGCUAUCGAAAAUGCAAAAGUCCGGCUAUUGUCACCAAGAGAGGUAGCUAACCUGAUGUGUUUUCCCGAAGAGUUCACUUGGCCUCAUUCUACAACUUCCAAACAAUUAUACAGAACCCUUGGAAAUUCUGUCAAUGUUCUAGUUGUUGCUAAAUUGAUCGAAGAAAUUUUAACAGGAUUUAACGAA